ACACAUAGAGAGAGAGAGAGAGAGAGAGAGAGAGAGAGAGAAGCGCGAACCAUUCGUCUCCUGUCGUAUUUCUCUCUCUAUCUUCUGAACAAGAGAAAGAAACAGAUUAGAAUUUAGAUCUCAUCAUCUCACACACGUAAACAUGCUUCCACUUUUUCCGUUUCCGAAGCAUUCUCUUCUGUGUCCUAACUCCUAAUCCUAAGUGAGACCCACACACACACGCGCGCGCACACACACACACACGAAACACACAACACAACACAACACAACACAAAGCCUUGUUAUACUGAUUUGAUGUCAUUUUAGGGUUUUGAAUUGCAAUGGGUCUUGGAAACGAUGACGAUGACGGAGACACGCACAAGUCCUUUGGUUCAGUGCCUUGCUCGAUUUGCCUCGAUGUUGUUUCUGAUAACGGGGAUAGAUCCUGGGCCAAGCUUCAAUGUGGCCAUCAAUUUCAUCUCGAUUGCAUUGGCUCAGCAUUCAAUAUAAAAGGGGCAAUGCAAUGCCCUAAUUGUCGGAAGAUUGAAAAAGGUCAGUGGCUUUAUGCUAAUGGUGGUCGAUCAUAUCCAGAAUUUAGCAUGGAUGAUUGGACGCAUGAUGAGGAUCUAUCUGAUCUUAAUUACUCUGAAAUGUCCUUUGGAGUUCACUGGUGCCCUUUUGGUAACUUGGCCCAACUUCCUUCAGCUUUCGAGGAAGGGGAAUUUCCAUCAACUGCAUAUCAUGAUAUACUGGGACAACAUGCUAUUUUUGCUGAACAUGUGGCUGUAUCGUCUGCUAGUCAUCCUUGCCCAUAUAUUGCUUACAUUGGACCAAUACAUCCCUCCACCUCCAAUUCUGGUGGAACUAUUUCAGAAGCGUCUAACUUUAACCACUGGAAUGGUCCACCUGUACCUAGUGACAUGCCAACCUCCUACACAUUUCCUGCUGUGGACCUCAAUUAUCACAGUUGGGAACACCAUUCCUCUCAUUUCUCUUCCGCCAGCAGCCGUUUAGGCGCUGCUGAUCAGCCCUCAGUAUCAGCUGGUAGUCAAAGACCAGCCAGGGGUGGUUCAGAAGUCCCUGGAUCCGGAUCUUUAAUUCAUCCCUUCCUUGUUGGUCACAGUUCUGCUGCAACAUCUUCAAUGAUCCCUCCUUAUCCAGGCAGCAAUGCUCGGGCCCGCGAUAGAGUUCAGGCUCUUCAAGCGUACUAUCAACCUCGGCAACCUCCCAAUUCUACCACAAUACGGACACCUGUUGCUUCUGGCACUCGAAGAUCCAGCAGUCAUAGUGGGUCAGCUCAAUUAGCACCAGUGGCCUCGUCAACAAACCAAAGUGCUGGCUUUAUUUAUAUCCCAUCAGGACGCAAUUUCCAAGAAGAAACCCAUCUGCCAAAUCGUUUUCAUGCUUGGGAAAGAGAGCACCUGCCUUCAUUGUCUUUAAACCACGUUGGUAGAGAAUCAAGUUGGAGAGCAUACCACCAGACCCAGAGUGCCAGCGGGUCAGACCCAGGUAUCAGAUCCGGCAGCUUUCGAAGGCACGAAUUAGAAAGAAUGCCCUCACAAAAUCGGUGAUAAACUUAUGUCAAAUUACUGUUUUAUGAAAAAAAUCAAAUUUUAUGUAUGCUUGAGAAAUGUUGCAUAAUGCUUUGGCCUGGCUGGCGUGUUAUGGCAGACUAUAUACUCUAGCUGGCCUUGGAAUUGAUCUUUCUGGCAGCCUUGUGGCAGUGUGAUGGACAUUAGCUUCCUCUAGUUUCUUUGCCUCGGCGGGAAUUAAAUAAGAUGGUAUCUAGGUGGAAAAAUCAGGUUUUUUGUAUUUGAGAUAAAUCAGGCUUCUGGCAGCAAUGUUGGGGCAUUGUCAUCUAAAGUGAUAAAUCAAGUGGAUGUGUAAUUGUGGUUGGAUUUGGAGUGGAUAAACUAUUUACGUUUGAUGUUGAUGCUCAUGCCGAUGUUUGUAUUGAGAAUACGCUUGGUGACAAAGGUUGUGCAAAAACGGGCGCAGGAUUCGGAGCUCGCUUGAGAAUUAGUCA